GCUGCAGCAGGGGCUGGGGUGGGUGGGGACAAGCUUAGCCAUGCCUCUUGUUCCCUGGGCCUCCGCUUGUUCCCAAUCACCCCAGUCCCUGCUGCAGCAGUCCCAGGAACAGCCGACACCAGCUGCUUCAACCGUGGCAUGGCACAGCCCAGGGGCUGGGGUGAGUGAAGACAAGCAGAGCCCCACGAGGUUUGGGACGUGGUGCUCCCGGGGCCACUGCAGCAAGGGCUGGGGUGAGUGGGACCCUGGUCCCACGGCCCUUUCCCAUCCCCCCACAGACUUACCUGCUUGGGGGAGAGGGGAGCAUGCCUAUGCUUGUCACAUAAGAGUGAAUUUACCUUGCACAUAAGAAAUUUUGGGUAUAAAAAGUGUCACUGCAUAAGAGCAAAUUUGCAUAUACAGAACCUGCAUAAAACAAGGGAAACUUGUGUAAAUAAGUGUAUAUAAACUGAUGGGAGCAGUUCCAAGUAUCUUAAUCGGGAGUACAGCUGAAGAUUAAAAAGAAUGAUUUCAAGUCUAAUUAGUACCCCAAAAUAAAGAGUAUAAGCAGGUUGGGGUGCCUGCUGUUGUGCAGGCAGACUGUCCCUUUAAGAACUCUUCAGCCAAUCCAAACAAUAGCCUAUAACACAAACUAUAACCAUUGAUACAUACAAAUGAACAAAGCUCAUCAACCUUUUUGUGGGUGUCAGAAAGGGACCAUAACUCUAGCCCUUCCGAGAAGUGAGCGUCUGGGUUUCAGUCCAUCUCCUGGCUAUAAACUGCUCCUUGCUUUCUCCCUGCUUGGGCUUUUAGCUGCCAGCUAAUCACUGGAACCUGAGCUCCCCCCACCACCCACAGCUGAUAGCCCCAGUUAAAAAAAAAACAGACCAUCCUGCUACAAAGACGUAAAUAACUGGUAACUGGGCACAUCUACACAAGAAUUUUACUGUGGAGCUGCCUAAUUAGCUCUGCAGUAAAUGUCACCUGCAGUAAAUACGUCUGUAUAUGUGCUUCUAUUAGGGCGCACAAAACUUACAAGCUCUGGAGCAGGCUAGUACUUGUAAAUUCUGGGUGCAUAUACACAAGACACUUUACUGCACGCUAGACUAAUGUAAUGCACAGUGAAGCGUCACUGUCUAUAUGUCCAUGGCAUUUACUAUGCAUUAAUCUAAUUAGUACUGCGCUGGUACCAACACAUACAGGUGCUAGACAAAUGGCACAUAAACUAAUAUUCAGUAGCACACGUGUAAACGCUGAUGUCAGGAUGUCAGGCACAAACUGCACCCAGUCAGCCGCACAAGCAGGAGGCCAGCCUCCUGCUUGGGGCAGAGCCACAUAGCUGGCAGUUUCUCCAGCUGUCCCAAGCUAGCUCCCGGACCCCUGGCCUUAUUCCUGGGGCCCGUGCCAGCUGCUACUUGCUCUUGGGCACUGUGCCCAACCAGUGUGGGCAUGUGCAGGCCACAGCAGCCUUGCAGCCCCCAGCUCUGCUCCCUGGGGCUUGUGCCAGCAGCUGUCUGGCGUGUAGCCUCCAUGACUUGCCAGUAUGGGUAUGUGCUAGGCCCUGCAGCCUUGCAUACUCUGGUUCUGCCUCCCAGGACACCACAUAGGCAGAGUCUGUCUCCUGGGCACCAUGCCCCAACCCACAUGAUGCCGACACCCAGAGCCCCAGCCUGAUCCCCCAAGGCCCCUGGCAGCAGCUGCCAUGGCAGCCUCCCCAACACUAAACACAGUGCCCUGGGGCCCCAACUGGAUGGAGCAGGAGUCCAUGGACCUUGUUGCAGUCUGGUGAUGCAGGGGUCCAGCAGCAGCAUAUCUGGGCCACAAGGGCAAAUGCACACAUCUGUGUGCCAUAAGGGCUGUAACAGAGUGCUAUUAAAAUCUGUUAUUUGAGUAAAUGAAAAAGAGAAGUCUACGCUGAAAGCGGAGCCGUGGGGGCAGAAGAAUGACAUCAUCGAGUGUCUCGCCAGAUGAUCAAACACACCUGCAAACAGCUAGAGGUUUCUCCCAACGGGUGAAUGAAAAAUGUGAUAAAAACAGACCCCUGGAAGGGAAAGUGCGAGUGAGAGAUUCGCUGUGAGAGCGAGAAACUCCCUGUGUGGAGCCACAGAGCGAGGAGAGCAUCACCAGAGCAAGCAGGGGACCUGUGGUGGAGGUGGGUGCUUGCCUGUAUACUCACCGGAACGGAUGGUCGUGACUCUGAGGAGUUGGAAGACAGGAUGCAGCAGCUCUGUGGAGAGGAGAGAACAGUUAACAGGUGAGUUUUGGCUGAGAUGCGCUCAUCACCAGAUAUAAAGACUGUUAUAGACUGUAUCAAGAACGUGCUUUCAUGCAAUUAUCUGUGGUUACAAAUUUACUAUAAGUGAAAGAAGAUUGAUGUACAUCAGGGUCGAGGCACUACAAAGACAGCAAUUUAACUUCAUUUGUGGUUAAUCUGUAUUUUUAUCUCCCAUCAAAGGCGUAGCAGGAAAGUGCCCGAAUGAAAUGGGAGUUUACUAUAAUCUCCUGUAACAAGGGCCAUGUCAGACCUCAUGCGGAAGUGUGGCCGCCAGUGCCGUGUGACGAUCAAGGACCUGUGGGCCCAGUGGGUCCAAGUGAUGAACCACAAUUAUCAGUCUGAGGCUGCCUGCAGGUCCAUGCCCUUCAUAUGGCAACUAGACAAGAACCUGAGGGACCCUGGCAAGCCCUGCCUGCUGGAGCCUGCAUCAUGGCUCAGCAAGGAGGAGGACUCACUGCGGGAGGGCCCCUUGGGGCACCAGCACCAGGUCCUGGUGUGCUCCGUGGCCACAGCCUCACCUGGCAACCCAGGCCACCAGUUACCCUGCCAACUACAGCAGCACACCCCAAGCCAGGAGGACAGGCCCCAGCAGUGAGCAGCUCCAGCUCCUCCCCAGAGAGAGCCAUUGCUCGGGCAACCAGGUACCAUGCCUCUGUGCCCCAGGACACUGCAGGCGGCUGGACCAUGUCACUGCAGCCAGGGACUGAGUCCAACCGCUGGGAUUUCCUGCCACUCCUGUCUGGUAAGCUCUGCAUAGAGGGAAGGGCUUGUGGGGGAGAAAGGGAGUGCCACGGCAACCCACGCCCAUGUCGGCUCACCUGCCUACCUCCAAGCUACACGCUUGGAGCCAAGGGCCUCACUGAGUGAGUGGAGGGCCCUCACCUCACCUCCCAACCCUUGCUAGCUAAGCUCCCUCCCUGCCUGCCAGAGUAUCCCCCACCCAACAUGUAGAGAGGCAAAAGACCAGUUAAGGACUUUAUUGAAUGGAGAGCAGCCUCCCAGCUAGGCAACCAGGGGCCUGUUGCAUGCAGAGAAAUUUAUUUGGCAGCAAUGAUUUCCUCAUCCAUGGGGGGUCAAGCACUCAUAGCAUAGGCAGAGAUACCCCUCCAGGCAGCAGCGCACAUUGUGGGGAAAUGUGGGCUUGCAUGAAAUGCAGUCAAAGCUCAGAGCCCCACACCAAGUUCUCAGCUGUGCCUGGGGCACCAUGGCAAUCGGCAGCAGCAGGGCAUAGUGGGUUGGGUACCCCUCUGUGUUCAAACAGCUUGUGGUAUGCCCAGGUGACUCUGACCAGGAGCACACUUGGGGCUCAGGCCAUGCAUGGUGGGGGCCCUGGCCCAGGGCACCUCUAUGGAGAGGGCUGCUGCGGGGAGAGGGAGGCAUCACCCUCCCCUCCAGUAGCGCAGGAGCAAACUGCCUGACUUGCAGAGAGGAGAAGAGAGGGAGUUGUUUCAGGCCCACCGUGGCAGCUGCCAGCAGGAGCCAGCUCUGGCCUGUCCUGGGUAGGGGACAGGGAAGGCAGGCUGCCUGCGGCAAGUGGCCCACCUGCCCCCGCUGUAGGAGAGGGGAUGGAUGACUUGGCUAGUAGACCACCUACAGAAGGGCCUGCCCAGCCAACUUACGAUGGUCCCUGGGCACCUGUGCAAGCACCCCCCUGAACUGAGGCCAGACGGUGCACAGCACCUCCAUACAAUACAUGUUAUCUCCGAAAUGUUGUUGCAAAUACUCACAAGCAGCCUCUCUGUCCUUGUUCUACAGGUCCAGCAGCUGCUUGCAGGGGAGAACCACCACCCACUGGUGGAGAUGCAGCUGUAAAGAUGCUGCCAUCAUCGGCCGGAGCCUUCAAGAUGAAUUCUACAGAAAUUAUUUCACUCACUGUUACCCCAUUAGGUGUUAUUCCAGACUUCAAAAAUGCCACCCUUGUGCCUUUCAAUGAAACUGCAUGUGAAAACUGGAAAGAGAUUCAUCAUCUGGUUUUUCAUGUGGCAAAUACUUGUUUUGCAGCUGGAUUGGUUAUUCCAACUACUUUAAAUUUUCAUAUGAUUUUCCUGCGUAGUUUGCUAACUAUAGGAUGUACAAUGUUUAUUAUCUGGGCUACGUUCUUCCGUUGUGCCGUGGACAUAAUGAUCUGGAAUACAGUAUUCCUGGUGAUCAACUUUUUGCAUUUUAUAUACUUGGUGUACAAGAGAAGGCCGAUCAAAAUUGAAAAAGAGCUCAGUAGUCUUUAUAAGAGAAUGUUUGAACCCCUCCAUGUGCCUCCAGAACUGUUUAAGAGAUUAACUGGACAGUUCUGCAACAUUCAGACUUUAAAAACAGGUCAAGCAUAUGCUGCAGAAGAUAAAACCUCUGUUGAUGAUCAACUAAGUAUUCUCUUAAAGGGAAAAAUGAAGGUCUCUUAUCGAGGGCAUUUCCUGCAUAAUAUUUACCCCUGUGCCUUUAUAGAUUCUCCUGAAUUUCGAUCAACUCAGAUGAACCGGGGUGAGAAAUUCCAGGUCACCAUUGUUGCUGAUGAUAACUGCAAGUUCCUGUGCUGGUCCAGAGAAAGGUUGACAUAUUUUUUGGAAGCUGAACCAUUUCUGUAUGAAAUAUUCAGAUACCUUAUUGGUAAAGACAUCACAAACAAACUCUACUCAUUAAAUGACCCAACAUUAAAUGAUAAGACAUCAAAGCAAAUGGAUCGGCAGCCAAGUCUUUGCUCUCAGCUCUCUGUGAUGCAGAUGAGAAACAGUAUGGCUAGCUCAAGUGACAGUGAGGAUGGUUUGCAGCAGUUUCUUCGUGGGACUUCCUCUGCAUCUUCUCUUCGCCGAGCAUCUCCCUACAUGAGAACUUCAGCAAAAAUGAAACCGAUAGAAGAAAGUGUUGAAGAUGAUGUCUUUGAAGCUUCAUCUUCUACUAAGUCUGAAGUCCAGUGACUGCCUUAAACAGACAUGGCCUCAAACAAGCAGUAGGCUUUGUACUUAUGGCCAAAGGAAGAAGCUUAUUUUGAUGGGAUUAUAAAAACAUUUGUUUUCAGAAAAGAUACCACCCCAUACAUGUCAGUGAUUGCUAGACAAAAACAUUAGUUUUAUUUUUUCUUUCUAAAUAAAAAAGAAGAAAAGCUUA